UUUCUUUCGACAGCACCGAUAAUAAAGGUGGGGAAAGACAAUGUAACGAUAUCGACACCAGGCCUGUUUGGCUGUGAGAAAAUUUCUUUCCAAAGUCCUUUCUCUGAUGGACAGCAAGUUAAGGUAUUCGCUUCAUUUGGACAUACUGUAAAAAGUCCAAAACAUCGGUUUGGUGCAGCAGUCUGGGUGGAGUCUGUUUCUACUGGAGGGUUCACAGUCUGUGUUUUGGAGUAUGGAGAAGGUUCAAAAGGUUUUGCUGAAGUGAACUGGAUUGCUUUGCAAUCUACACCUCUUGGAUCUCAGCUAGGAACUGUGGCGUUGGAUCCAUGGACUACCGGAACCGAGUGUAUUACUAUCAUCUUUGAAAAGGUUUGAUUCAAGCAGGUUCUUAUUUCCUUUUGAUACAAACGGCUGACAAAGGGAAAUUAAGCCAAAAAACGUGAAGAGUUAUUGCUCGUGGUUCCGAUGCUAAGACUGACAUGGCGGCAUUAUUAGUAUUACCUGUCCUUGAGAGGGUUUUUAUCCAUCAAUUUUUGCUUCAAACUUACUUCGUAAAAAUAUUCAAUUUUUUUCCUCUUUUGUUUUUUUUUUCUUUUAGCGCUUUAAGACUACACCAAAUGUUUUAGUUUCCGCCAGCCAUGAGAUUCUCAAGAGACCACAAGAUGCUAUGGCUAUUUGGGUAAAAGACUUGAAUAAGGACAAUUUUAAAGUUUGUUUCAGAGAGACAAAGAUUCUUGAUGGAUUACACAAAGAUAUCCGAAUGGUAAGGGAAUCAUUUCAACCCCAGUACUCGAUAAUUGAUUUAUGCGCUCUCACCAUUCUAAUUAGCUACCUUUCUUCAUCAUCCAGUCAUCAAUACCACUUUAUUCUCAGAAUAAGUGAUUGGCUGUGACAUUCAUGUCUGAUCGAGAUAGCUUUAUAGCCGUCUAAUUAACAGACCGACUAUCAGAUUGACUUAUUGAAUGACUGAUCAACUGACUAAUUAAAUGAUUGACAAACUUCUGAUUGAUAGAUAAGCUGACUGAGAGACUGGCCGACUGUUUAUCCAACUCACUGCCUUAAAGACUGAUAGAUUGACUCACUGACCCACUGACUCGCUGAUCAAUUGAAUUGAGUGAUUGAAUAACAUAACUCACUAACUGACUGACUUACUUGCUGGCCCCUGAAUGAGUAACAGGCAAUUCGUAUUACCAACUGACUACCAACAGACUAACGGAGUAAAUGUAUAACUAACCAAUGCGGAAUAAAUCAGUGUUAAAUGAAUGGAUUCUUUUAAAUGUUGUCAACCUACUUAUCAAUUAUUAACCAUCUCAUUUUACAGAACUGGAUGGCGUUUACAACUCUUAAGGUUGGAAACUUCACUUUAACCAAAACUGUAAUGCUGAACAAUGCAAGCUCAAAAUUCCAUUACAGUAACCAUGCGUACUGUCAGGUCAGUUUUAAAGUUAGUUUUAUGACAUGGGUAACUUAAUCGUUUUUUUUUGGUACCAAUCGUUUUUUUUUUCCUGAAGUCGAUAAUCACUCCAUAUUAAAAGUGAAUAGAUUAGUAAGUGUAAAAGGGCCUUUAUCAAAGAAAGUAGUUCUUUGACGAAGUUUAAAUGAAAUAAAACAAUAUUAAAUGGGCUAAAGCAAUGUGGUUCCCACGGUUGUUGUGGAGGGGGUGGCGGUGAUGGUAACGUAACAUUAUUCGUUCGAAUUCAAAUAGCAUUUUUCAGCAACUUGUGUCAUCCAUUGUUCUUCAUAUUUCAGAGUAUAAACUUCACCGAUCCGUUUUAUGCUCCCCCUGUUGUAGUAGUGACACCAAAGCAGGGUUAUAUCAAUAACCACUCGGACCCUCCUCUCUCUCAGUGCAGUGCCAUUACAGCUUGGGUAGAGGUAAGAUGUCAGUGUUAUACCUGUUCUAGAACAUGUUAAAAGGUUGUCCGCGGUAGACAUUAUGUAUAUGAGUGUGACUUCGCUGGCCUUGAAUACAAAAUUGAUUUAACAAAUGGGAACAAACGAAAUAUUUCUUUUGGCUCUUUGGCAGAGAUGGUUAAGUGUUAGUUAAUAUCGUUCAAUUUAUAUAUCAAUUAACAAUUCUUGAACGCAAUCAAUAUGCACCGUGACAUUGCAAUUGAUCUCUUUUCACUUGAGGGUAUUUUGUUUUUUUAAUUUCAGAGGUUGGUCGAAUGUGAAAAGUUUAAUAUGGGAAUGCUGUGUUUUUAAUUUUGUUGGAUCGAUGAGGAUCAAACUUUUGCUCUUGACUUCUUGCAGCUCCUUGUUGUUUCCGUUAUUGUUAUUUUUGUUUAAUUUUUGGCGGUUCAAUAACUAACUUGAUAGCAAAUUAUAUUUUCCUCUUGACUACAGUUCACCUCAAGGAAAGAUACGAAGGUGUGUUUAAGAAAAUACCAGAGCAAAGAGGAAAGUAACAGUGCCAUUUCAAUUGAUUAUGUUGUCGUAGGAGGUGAGUGCCAUCAUACAUGAUAUUUUGGGCGAUUUGUUUGCGAUUUUGAAGUAAACAUAAAUCUGGAAUUGCCUAAAUAUUUGGCCAGUUUUGCGAACUGAAUCUCGAAAGUGUUGGAUUUUGAGUGGGACAAGUUAUUUUUUCCUAGAAAAAUGGCGUGUCCUGCAUUGGUAUCGUUAAAGGAUUCCAUGAGAAGUAACAAGAGUUUCGAUAUAAGCAGGACUCGAGUGAAAACUAACAACAAAUAAUUUAUUUGUCAUCUUAAACAUAGUCAGAAUUUGCCCAUUUUUCUCCCCUCUGGACCUUUCUUGUUAUUAGAAAUAAAUGAUUUACCCUUCUCUGUUUAGCGUUGGUAGCUAUUUGUUGUUUAAUUGUAUUUUUUGUCGUCGUUGUUUUAUUUUUGCAGAAAGGCGUUGCUAAUUUUUUUUUAAAAAGUUUCGUUUUUGUAUAUUUGAAGAAUUUUUUAGAACAGUCUUAAAUCAUUUGAAGAUCGCUUUUAGUAAGCCACUCGCAUGUAUUACUUGUGUCCUGUUUGUAAACUCUUUUUUCGACGACGUCUAAAUCAUGUCAAAUACAAUACAGUACUAAACAAAUGUACCUAGAAAGAAUUGUAUUCUUUUUUGCUUUGCAAGACUUGGAUCCGUGCCUGCACGUUACCUGCUAUUUCUAUGGCCUAUGUAAGGCCUUUGGACCGCAUGACGCCCGCUGCGUGUGCUUAGACCGCUGUCCGUCGUUCCACGAGCCCGUGUGUUCUUCUAAUGGUACAACGUACGGCAACGAGUGCUUGUUCAAACGAGAGACGUGUCUUUUGAGGCGUAAUUUUUCAGUGCAACAUCCAGGUCGUUGUGAAGGUAAGGUUUCCAACGGUUUAGCUCUUUAUUGGGCUGAAAAGGUUUGAACCAUAUUUGUUAAGUGUAUGUUUUGAUGGUCGGGUAUAUAAAAAUGCGCUACUGACUAAGACACAGACGUUUUGACUGUUUUGACUUCGAUUUGCUUGACCCAGUUUAGUAUGGCCAACUGACUAACUGACUGAUCGACUGACCGAUUGACUGACGGACUGACGGACUAACUUACUGGUGGACUUACUGGCUGACGAACUCACUGACUGACGGACUGAUGGCUUGACGGAAUAACUAACUGACGGACUGACGGAAUACUCGUAAAAUACUGGAAGAAUUUCUCACCUGACUGCUAAAAAGUUGCUAAAAAAAUUGCCAAAAAUCCAUAAAGUUGCUACCGACCCGCAAAUAUCGGCAGAAUUUAGGGAUACUUUUAAGUCUAACGGAACAAAACGCAUGGUUCAUUUGACGCUUUGCCCAACGACAUGUGGCAACUUGAACGAAACCGUCACUACUGCACAAUUGCAUUCUCAGAGUCUAACACCAUAUAUUUCUUGAAAUUGUUUAUAGAAUCGUCAAAUUUUUGUGCUUUAUGGCGAUCAAGGCUAACUUAUCAACGUGCUUAUUCAGUGACAUCGCAGUAAAGCAAAGAGAAUUAAGAAACAGUACGGUGCUCCCUCUUUAUUUUUUUUUUCAGUUUUUCCAUUCCAGCAUGGUCGCCAACACAUGCCUCACAUUCCAGCACUGGGAUAUUCUCACUGUGUAGUGAUCCAUCUGCAGCCUUACGUAUUCUAUCCUGACAAACUAAUUAAAGUUCAGAUCACUGUCAAUCACAUCGACACCAGUGACAAGUCGUAUGUACACGAUGCGGCAGUAUCAUGGGUUGAGAACACCAACUACAAUAGAUUCACCGCUUGUGUCAUGGCAGCAGGUUUCAAUGAGCGAAAAUCGAACGCAAACGUCACCAUUGAUUGGGUGGCGUAUCAGGGAGCUCCAGUGGGUGGGCUGGCAGGCGAAGAACGGGUAUCACAAUGGUGGACUGGAACGACUUGUGUAACCGUGAACUUUCCUUCAGUAAGAAGGCUUUUUUCUUUUUUCUCCUUCAUCUCACAUCUUUUAACACAUUUAUUUAUUCGUUCGUUCCUUUUCUGUUUAAGUUUAUUGCAUACACGUACGUAUGUCUUUAGGAAUAAGCAACUCAUUGUCAUUAAUUAUUAAUUAUAAUCAUUGGGAAAUAAUUGUCAGAGUGGUAAACCCCAAACAAGACUGAAAUUUCUUUCUGUGUAGGAUGCUCGAGUACCAGGAUAAGAUCGAGUCUUAAUGACGGAGCGUUUUGCUGUUUCUACCGCCUAAAAAGUUAUUCCUCUUUGUCCAAAACAGACAUUCCCUUACAUUUCACGCACAUUCCUAAAUUUCUAAGAUACCACUGCUGUUAGUGUGCAGGUCCUCAUUAGUAUUAAAUGGGUUAGAGGUACUGUAAGAAUAAGCUUUCUUUGAAAAAGAACAUUACGUGGUAACUGGGACAGGGUUGGACCUGGAUAUUCCUAACCCCUACAAAUGUUUCUCUUAUUGGAAGAAGAAAUUUCCCAGUGCACCCUCGGUAUUUGUAACUGCAAAGCACCAUCAUUCUGGACUGAAGCGUGACGCAGCUAGUAUCUGGAUCGAGGAUGUCACGCAAUCCUCAUGCAAAGUUUGCCUGAGGGAGCUCCAGAACUACGCAGGAUCCCACAAGGAUAUUUCUGUUGUGAGUAUAUAGUUCACUGGCUUAUCGUCACAUUACAAUAACAAUCUUUUUUCUUCCUUUGAUUUGGUAUUUAUUUUCAUUAAUUUUUGACGGAAUACUUUGUCAUGACGAAUAGCAUUUAUGCCAUGCAGUUAUGCGCCCGCUCUCCAGAACGCCUUAAAGCUAUUCACAUAUGGCGUCAAGGCUAAAGUACUGUUGAAAUAGGUGCCUGACACCAAAUGUUCACAAUGUGUUAAAGAAUGUACAAUUCUCGUAACUACGUUCGAUCUUGGCACGAUACUCUCAAAUGUCACGAGAUACAGCUGAAAAUGUGCUUAAACUGGCUAUUGGGAGAACAUUUUAAUGGGAAACAUAUCAAACUCUUUCCCCAGCGUGACGAACAUUUGUUUUUCUCGGUUCCAGGUGUACGCGACCACUAACCCUACGUAAUGCGCAUGCUCUCCGAUGCGAAUUUUCAAAAUGGCGGAUAGGUGGGAAAUAAAAAAAGCAAAGCGAUUUUGCAAUAAAUGCUUAACAUACACCCCCGUUAGAAAGGCGAAUCCACGAUAGAGAGAUACAAAACUGUAUGAUAUUGAGAUCAGGGAGGUUGACAAAAUCAACAAGGUUGAAAAUUCAUUACGUUGGCUAUAGCACAUGCUUCGAUGAAUGGACACCCUUCAGGGCCGAUACAGGAUCUGGAUAUUUUCCGUUUGUUCACAGCGAAAAGCUGUUCAUUCCCUCGGAAAACUCUCUAGAGGAUAGAAAAGAAUCGUCCCAUGGCCAACUUGCUCGUGAAAUAAAGAAAAAGCUUUGGUCUGGACGGCGAGAGGACCCUGAUAUAAACAUAGACCUUAAUGUUGACCAAGAUAUUUUCAUAGAAGGUCUUGGGAGUGUUUUGCCCGGCGUUCUUCAAAGAGGGAAGAUGGUUUACCAAUUAGAGUCAAAUAGGGUGCUUGAUUCAUAUCUGGGACUGAAGUGGGAUGAAAGAAUUUUAAAUGUAGCUGAAGAUUUUGCCUAUGUAAUUCCAGGAACUAUUAAGUAUUGGCUGAGACUAAGAAGUCCAAUCAUUGAAUACAAGCUCAUCGUUUUAGGUGUUCUUAACCCUUUCAUAACCGGCUGCCUCCAGGAACUAAAUCCUGUUUUUCUUCAGAAACAGUUGUUUGAGGGCAUCAACCCCUUUGUGAUUUGUGGAUCUGAAGAAAUCUUUAGAAGCUCUACUAUUGUAUUUUUCCAAGCCUUGCUGUGUGUAAUAUGCUAUGUUCUGAUAAAGUGACAGGAACUCUGGAACAUGAUAACAUAGUGCAUGCAUGUAGGGAGUGACAUCUUUUGCUUGGUAAACUUUGAGAAAGUGCUCAAACCAUGAUUUGAUAUUUCUUUGCAGUUCAAGAAUACCCUCUUCAGAUGUAAAAUCUAGCUUCAAAUCACCAAUUAUGUCCAUAAAUUUAGCCCAGAUCACUUGUAUGUCUUUGUUUUGACUGUAAUGAGGGACAAGCAUAGGUCGGAAUGUUUAUAUUCUGAAAGAGUUUCAACUUUUCUGGUUCAGUAAGAUCUCUAUAUUCCAGCUUUUUGCUCUCUUUGUUGAUUCUAAAAUUAAAAGUGAUUCCCAUACUUUUGAUAAAUUCUUCAUAACAUGCCAUGUGUUUAUAUUUAUCCCUUGGGAAUCCAUCAGAGGUUUUUUUUUUUUCUCAAUAGCAUCACUUCUUCUCAGCUCUCUUAUGAACAAGUCAAUCAAAACAUCUGAAAUCCUCAGAAAAAAAAUGUAAUGUAUCUAUGAUGACAUGGUCCAUAGGUAUAAAAUCAAAUAAUGGUUGUGCCUUACAGUUUAAUUUCUUUCCAGUGGAAAACCUUGCUAUUUCAGUGACAGUUCUAGCACCAAAUUUGGGGUCAUUAAUUGACCAUGUUUUGCUUGUGUCCCGCUGUUGCUCCCUGGGACACUUGCACCCCACACAAGCAUAAUCCUCAUUUGCCCUGCCUAAAGCACAUACCAGUGCUAAAAAUUUCAAAUCUCCACCUAAAAAGUAUUCAAUUUUAUAGGUGCAAUUAUUUGCACUUAUCUCCUUUAAGUUUGACAUUUCCAUUCGAAGGUCUGCUAGGCUGUCUCUCAGAUUAUCAUAUGUCUCUGAAGUUUUUAUAACAGCAAGUUUAUAAUUUCCCUUCACACUCAUUGCCACAUCAUUUUCAUGGAGAAUAGUAAAAGUGAAGUUGACAACUGUAAGCCCCUUCCCAAUAUUUGUACCAUCACCACUAAGCUUGAUCUUAAUAGUUUCUCCAUCAUUGAUUUCUCCAUUCUUCUGAAACCUAACAAUGUGCUCUUGCAAGCUUUCUGCAAAUCCUAACUGAACACCUUCAGCAUCUCCUGGUGUUGGUUUCAAGUUCCAUUCACUGUUUGGCUCAUUAAUUUGCUUCUUGAUGGAAUAUAUAUUGAGGAGAUCAUUAGCCUUAAUGGCAAUUUCAUGCCAGGCCUCAUUUGAAAUAAUGAAUUUAUCUUUGAGGUAGAGCCACAUAUUUAUGUUAUCAAUGUCAUCAUUAUUAAGGGCCUUUGGGUCAGACUCUGUAAAUGGCAGCUCUCCCUCUCCAACAAGAUUGAAAGUUUCAUAUUGAUUAGUCUCAGUGUUGAGGACUUCAAUUUUAGUUGCAACAAAAUUGUACAGCCCAAGAAAGGAGAGUGUAGUUUAGCACUCCUCCUUCUGUUGGUUUUUAAUUCUCUUUUGAUGGUGCUUAGAAUAGUCAUUAAACUUCUUCUUAGCUGGGCCUCUACCUUUUUUCCCAUUUGUUAUCACUUUUUUGGCCAACUGAAUAAAUUUUUUAUCGUAGAAGGCCCCUUUCUUCUCAGCUUUCUCGAUAGCUUCUCGGGCUUUUUAUCCACUCGCAAUCGCUUUGCCUUCUCCUGUACCAACGAUUCUUCUAAUUUUAUUUUUUCUCCCCUCAACUGGCUGUUCUCAUCUUUAAGCUGAUGUACAUUAACGUCGUUGUAAUACACCUUAAAUUGAUACCGAGGGCCUGUUUCCAAAUUGCUAAGAAGUGCAUUUAAUUGUCACGAUUACUAGCUUUCUUGACAGCUUUCUGAAAACAGACUAUUUUCUUUCUGAAGACUUCUGAUAUAUGGCUAUUGAUUAUUAUACCUCGUAUACCUGAUUGCUCAAACACUUUGUUUACAAUUAUUGAAAGGACCGACUCAUGGCUUUCUCUGAAAACUUCUUUGCUUUGAAAUAGUAUAGAUUAGUAAGCUGAAACGAAAAAUUAAUUAGGGAAGUUUACGAAAAAUCCAGCGAACAAGCUUAAAAAAGGCAUUUAUUUAGACUUCAUACUGCGAUGAACUUCGCAAAUCUUACUUGUUUAUCUCGUAAGUAAACAAUGGCAGAUUAAUUCCCGAAGUGCCUUCUGAGUUUCCCGAUCCCUCUCCUACUGCUUUCACGCUCACAAAACAGGAAAAAAUCAAAAGGAGGAAGAUACAGCUGUUUUGAAACGCCAUUUGACGAGGGCAAAUCUGCUUUUUGUUCGACACUUUACAUAUCAAAACAAAGGAAAUUUGUUCCUCUUUUUGAUUCUGGCGGUACAUUUUUAAAUUGCGCUCGCGUAAAAGGGAUAUCGCCCGAGACGCUUCGCUCGGUUGUGUUUUGAACAAAAACGCCUUGUUAAUUUCACGUAACCGCUCGGAGAAAAGGUUAAAAUGACGAGGGAAAAACUUUACCGUCAAGUUAGAAAAUUAGCGAAAUAGGAAGUCUAAAUAUUAUAUUUUAAUAUUUCAGAGGUACAUUGAGUGCUUUUUCCGUAGAGAAUCCGCACGAUGGUAAAAUGUUCGAAAAUUACACUCGAUUUGAAUGGGGCGUUGAAGUGGGCGUGGUCACUAUAUUCAUGUUAAGACUAUUUGUACCCCAUGAGUUUGAUAUGGUGCACAUAAUUUUUUUGGUAAAGAUACACCAAAUUUCUAUUUAGCCAUCUCGCAUGACAAUGUCCUGAAAUUUUCAUGUGCUCGUAUUUUCAUCAGAACUGGUUGGCGUUCAUGAAUCUUCACAAGCCCCCCUUCUCAGAACAUAACGUGAUUCACUUUAUCAACAACAGAUCUCCCCCUGACGAUCAAAAUAAUGCCUUCUGCAAGGUCAGUUGUCCUUGGAGGUUUAGCUAGUUUAUUGUCUAUUUCGAGCGUUUGUGUGUGGUGUUUGAUUUAAUAAAGGCCUAUUAGUGAUCGACCAAUGAUAAAUUCCUUGUUGGCGUACAAACAAGACAUUUUCCGUUCUACCUUACCAUUAAUUCGAAGCCAGGCGUGUGUUCAAGGAUAGGUACUGAUUCACGCAUUUACGCUCUUUAUUCUUCCUCUUUCAGGAUGUUAACUUCUUCCACGUCUACCCUACAGUCCCAAACAUAAUUGUCUCUGCUAAUCACUCAACGAAAGAAGGAAACUUGAGUCCUGUUCACAAUGGCAUAACUUCUUGGGUAGAGGUAAGUUAGAUUCUAGACAGUUUUUUCUGCCUGGAAAAACCUAAAAUAUAUUAUCAUAUAAAAUGCGCUGUUGUAAAAGGAUUUCCAGCCCUGAGAAAAGCCGUAACAACACAUGAAAAAUACGAUAUUUUUUCACGAGUAUUUGAUAUCGCCAAUCAGCUGCUGACACGCCACUCGCCUUUCACGCCAGUCGGUCAGGUUGAUGAAUAAACGGCAAAGCCUUCGCUAUUCUCAAACCAUCGUCGUUUGUCGGAAUUUUUUAGGGUUGUGGCCGCUAAAACACUGAAAAAUCCGUAUCGCUUACAGACAGUGACGUUCAAACUUUCCUAGAAGGGUAAGAAAACCAAAAUACGAAAAGAAAAACCGAAAGCUACGUAUUCAGUGGCUUUGGUAAUGGCAUUUUCUCGCGGCUGAGAACGAAAAUCAACAUCUAAAAGAUUUGCCGCAGGGUGACUUUCACCGUGUAUCUGAAGGAAUUCUUCUGUCGGUAAGGACCAAGUCAGUGAUUGAGAAUUUCGUAUAUUAAAAAUUAGGCCCACAGUUUGUUUUUGUAGUGACUCAACACAUUUUUUCAUCUCGAGUGCGCCAACGCACUUUACGAUUUUUAUUGGGAGAGUCGAUCCUAUUAUUUUCAUUCAUUAAUUAAGUCGACUUUUCUUGUCAGUACAGGGCUAUUGUGUUUAUAUGAUAAACAAAAUAGUACAUGGUUGCUUCUCGAUAUCUCACUCGUGAGCUAUCUAGUUAAACUUUCGAGGAGAAAUUCUAUAUAUACGCGCUCAUUGAUUAUACUCUUUAUAUUUACUGUUUUAUCAUACCACUUCAAGCUUAUUGUUAACGUGCAAUCAAGAAGUUAAAUGUCGUGGCAAAUAAUGCAAUUUAUGAUAAGAAGCGCACAGCACCAUCUAGCAAUUUUUCCGUCUGGCCCUUUCAUUCAGUAAAAAAGAAUAUAUUACUGAUGUACAAUGUUUUUCUUUUCAACAGUAUAUCAACAAGACUGGCUUUCGCGUUUGUUUCAAGGAAUUGUAUGAAACAAAAUAUGAUCCUCUUUCUGUUAUCUACACUGUCAUGUCAGGUAAAUACUUAGGUUGCUUAACAAUGUUGCAAAGUAAUGUGUUAUUAAAUCAGCACCAAACAUCAUUUUCCACAUAAACAAAGUCCUUCCGUACCCCUCUCCCCUUAAAUAUCUUUUUUAGUCAUGACUUUUGGAAGCUCACAAAUGGUUUACCAGACGAAAAUAGAUAGAAGUGGGAGGCAGCCAAUAAUUUGGCGAUAUACUGAUUUUCCCUAUUUCUCAUGGCUUUACAUGGAAAUUGCAGUCUAUUAUAUACCAGACAUACGCAUUCCCUGUCUCACUGUCCUCUGUCAAGGAACAGUACCUUUAAUCUCUAUGCUGUCCGUCAUUAUAUCGCUUUGAUUUAGAGAAUUAGAUCGCGUGGAUGCUUUAUGUGGACCCUAAUGGAAUUAGACUAUGAAUAGUGACUGAUACAGAAAAUCGGUUAAGUUAUCAUAUGUUGACACGACACACGGAUGUUGAUCUCCUUUGACUGCAACUUUUUUUCGUGUGCGCUUACAACGCUCUAAAAAGAUUAUUCACGUGUCAUGCAGAUCUAUGCCAGCCUGGAUGGGAUUAUUUCAAUGGUUAUUGUUAUUUCACAAUCUCCACUUGUACCACUUGGUCAAAUGCUCAAACAAAAUGUCAUAAGAUGGGCUCACAUCUUGUGACAGUCCAUAAUCAAGAAGAGAAUGUCCACAUUCAACAUCGGCACAAUGGAGAGAAAUCUUGGAUUGGGCUCAAUGAUCGAAGCGUAGAAGGAUCAUUCGUGUGGACGAAAAAAGGCACUAGUAGCUUUAGAUUCUGGGCGGCAAACCAACCAAACAAUAAUACAGAUCAGGACUGUGUACACACUCUUGGCUCAAACAAUGGAUACACUUGGAAUGACGUUUCAUGCGAUAACUGCUUCAAAUUUACUUGUUUUAAAGGUAAGCAACUAAACAUACUUGAACAGAAAGGCUUUAUCUUGAGCCUUUUUUCAGUUUCGUAAGAAAUUAGCAGACCAUUUUACUUCACCUAGCUGAGCGUUAUGAUUGCUUUCAGCACAUAAACCUUAAAAUCUGGGUGAAGCCCGUGAGCAAUCCUUGAGCAAUCCUUGAGCAAUCAGUGAGCAAUUAGUGAGCAAUCCGUCAGCGAUGAGCAUUCCCCGGUCAAUUAAUUCGUAUGUAAUCAGAAGAUACCACGUGGGCAAUCCAAAAGAAAUCCAUAGGCACUCCGUGGGCAAGCUGUGGGCAAUCUGUGGGCAAGCCGUGGGCAAUCCGUGAGCAAUUUGUGGGCAAUUCGUUGGCAAUCUUUGGGCAAUCUGUGGGCAAUCUUCGAGCAAUCUUUGGGAAAUCUUUGAGCAAUACUUGGGAGUUCCUGGUUCGUUGAGAUUACUUUUUCCCGACCCGCUUAGCCACGUGUAAUCAGAGCGCGUGUUUGUCCCUUACAAGCUAUUGACAUUUAAUGACAAGGUGCAAUGAUAAAUGAUGUCAAAGCGGAGUGUAAUUUUUCAGCGGAAUAUCAUUUGCUUUACAAGAUAUAAACGAGUGCACAGUCAAGUCUGACCGGUGUGAUGUUAAUGCUGCCUGUCAAAAUACUGAGGGAUCCCACAAGUGCAUUUGUAAGACUGGAUUUGAAGGAGACGGGGAAAAAUGCUCUGGUAAGAAAAUCAUAAUAUCAUCUUAAAAGAUGCUAUCUGGUAUUGAUGCAGCUAUUUUUGUGACCUUAAAGAAUAUCUUCAAGACAUAAUGUUUUUUUCGUCAUCUAGGUGUUUUAAAAACGAAUCAGCAACUAGGUUGAUUGAUAAUGACCCGCAAUAAAACGUUGCUAUAGUAAGAGAUGUACAUAAACCUAAAACUUAAAACUCUGAUGUUUUGGCUAGAAUCCAGGCUGGUUUCAAUCUGCAAUCUGAGGGCGACCUGUGGGUAAUCCAUGAGUAAUCUGCGGCUAUCUGUAGGGAAUCUUUGGGAAAUCUGUGGGCAAUACUUUAGAGUUACCACUGAUUUAGGCUGGUUUCAAUUUACAAUAUGUGAGCAAUCUAAGGGCAAUCCGUGGGCUAUCCAUAGGCAAUCUUUGGGUAAUCUGAAAGCAAACUUCUGGCCGUCUUUGGGCAAAUAUUUGGGAAUUACUGGUUCAACUGAGAUUACUUUUGCCUGAUCCACUUAGCCACGUGUCAUCAGAGCGCGUGUUUUGUUGCCCACAAGCCAUCGCCAUAUAAUCACAAGGUGUUAUAAUGAAUAAAGUCAGUGUAGAGUAUACUUUUUCAACGGAGUAUUAUUUGUUUUUUUUAAGAUAUAAACGAGUGCACAGUCAAGUCUGACCGGUGUGAUGUUAAUGCUGCCUGUCGAAAUACUGAGGGAUCCUACAAGUGCAUUUGUAAGACUGGAUUUGAAGGAGACGGGAAAAAAUGCUCUGGUAAGAAAUCAUAAUAUCAUCAGAAACGAUACUAUCAUCAACUGAAAUAUUAGGUUGAUUGGAAAACACAUUUUAGCUAUUUUUUUUACUUUGAAGAAAAAUGUCAAGACAUGAUGUCUUUUUCCUCGGUGUUUUAAAAAUGGAUCAGUAACCAGAGUAAUUCAUAAUGACUAAUAAAACGUUGCUCUGGUUGGAGAUGUAUAUAAAACCUAAAGUUUAAAACCCCGAUGUUUUGGCUAAUAUUUCGGCUAAUAUUUCGGCUGGAUUCACAAAAUUACUAGUAAUUGAGGGCUUAUGUAAUGUGCAAAGCGAUUGCGAUUAGGAAGUUUCCUCUCAGUUACUUCGUUUAAAGAUAUGGUUAAUGACUUGUAACAAUUUAUUGCCACCUCACGUAGUAAGUUGAAAAUGAGAUGUCCUGGGAAACAUAUUUACGGCCCGGACUUAGUACUGUUCACGAAUGUAUACGAAGAAAAUGUUGAGUACCAUUUUUCUCUUCCUCUUAGCGUACAAGUUUAACGAAACAAUUAUUUCCUUCGACUAUCAGAAGAUUAGCUUCUUUUCCCACAAUACUAUAGAAGGUAAAAAUAUUCACUGCUGGAUCAAAUUUAAAAGCACUGAACGAAAAAUUAGAUUUGACAUAAGAUAAAUGUAGUGUAAAUAUGGUUUAAAUAUGACAUUUGUCACAUUGUAACAUCAGAUUUAUCUCAUAUUUGACCUAGAACCGAAUGUGGUCAAAUCCAUUAUUUCAUCCAGUGAAGGAUAUUAAGAAUUACAAAUGACACGUGCAUGUUUUCACUAUAGUUACUUGGAAGUUUACAACAAGUGGACGAAGUGGAAGGUAUGGCGUUAUUCAGACCUUCACUGUUCCACGUACGACCCUCUACCAAAUAAAGGCCUGGGGAGCUCGUGGUGGAACACAUUCAUACAAUUAUGGAUAUAGACCUGGAACAUAUUACGGUGGUAGGGGAGCAUUCAUAGAAGGAAAGUUCAGAUUGAAUAAAGGAACAGUGCUGAAUAUUGUGGUUGGACAGCGUGGUGGAAAUUCAGUGGAGGUGAAGGGUGGUGGAUCCACUUCCUCAACAGCAGCUCAGCUGGGACUGUCUGUAGAGGAUAAUGCUGGAACUGGAGGAGGGGGUGGUAGUUUUGUCUAUACCACAGGUAAUAUCUUGUUAUUAGCUGCCGGAGGAGGUGGUGGUGCUUCCAGUGGAUUUGACGGUGUGGAUGGUCAGGUGGGAACAAGUGGAACCAGCAGUAUGGGGCAAGAACCAUCACAGGUUAGGAAGGGAGGCACAGGGGGGCAGCCAGGUGAAUGUAACAAUGCAGGUGCUAGCUACCAUGGGGGUGUAGGUGCUGGUUGGCAUGGCACUGGUUGUACCCGAGCUGGUUCUGAACACGGACAACGAGGUGGAUCACGUGAUCAAGGCUGGACUGGUGGUCAAGCCGGUGGGAUGAACAGUGGAAAUAACGGCGGACCAGCACCAGGAGCAGUGGGAGGGUUUGGUGGCGGGGGAGGAGGAUCAGAGGAUAAUGGUGCAUCGGGUGGAGGUGGAGGGUACUCUGGGGGAGGCAGCGGUACCCACCAUAAACAGGCUGGAGGGGGCGGGGGUUCGUAUUGCCGUGGUCAGAGUUGUUCGGGUGUGAAUGGCGGUAACCCCAAUGAUAACGGACUCGUAAAAAUAAUUGAGUUAUCUUCAUAA